UUCGCAAAUCAGUCGCAGUGUGUGGAGUGCGGGAAAAGGAACUGUGUGUGACCCGCUGCGCGUGCCAGAAGCAAUCAAAAGAAGACUAGUAGAGUGUGCAGAAGAAGAAAAAUUGCCCCUCAAGAGAAGAAAAGGAUAGGGAUUAAGUGCGCCGCGACUCUCUUUUCGUAUUAUUUUUAACAAUUAGUAUCCUGUUUCAAAUUUUCCUUAUUUAUCACGGUUUGUACUGUUCUCUUCACCCCCAAAACUAACCAUCGCUCCUAAUCGCCAGCUAGUAACAGUUUGUGUGCAGUGCUGAAAAAGACACCGUUCACCUUCGCGUAAUCGUUGAUUUCCUCCCGUUUUGGUUACAUUAACUACGGUAAAUUGCAUCAGUUUUUUUCUCCAAUGGAAAGUUGUUAAAAACAUUGGAAAAUUUGAGAAAUUUUGUGUGCCAAGUGUUCGAAACAGAAGAGCAGCAGCGUUAAGAAAAAAAAAAACGAGUCCAAGGCUGACUCUGGAAGUGCGAGCGAACGAGUACGAAGCAGCAAGGAAGAAGGAAAGAAAGAGAGAGAGAUUAUCCUCCGUCGUAGUGAACCGCGAGUGUGAUUGAAAAGAAAAAUAUUAAAAGCAAAAAAAUUGAUAUAAAUCUCGCGCGCGUGUGUGAGAAAGUGUCUGAGUGUAUUACUACUGGUACAUGCAUUACCAUCAAUACCGAUACAGUGCAGAGAGCAAGAUAUAAAAAUAUUUCAUUGAAUUUUUUACGUGGCAAAAAGGCGAAACGCCGAUUGCACUGUCGUCGCAGCACUACUAGCCGUAAUACCAGCAGGCCUCGCUAAUUCCCGACAGCGACGAAUAAAAACUUCCGCAGCUAUCCUUUGGUCACAGAAUCCAAUAUUCCAACAAAAAAAAAGCAAAAAGAAUCAUCAAAAAUCCUUCCAAUCAAAGCAACAACUGUCAUUGCUGUUACUGAUCGUUAUUUUCGACGAGCGCACACAGGCACGUAACCCCACAAACGUCAGACCUGCCGCCUGUCGAGGAGAGGAUACAGUGCUGAGACACCUUUGCGUUCGGCCUGUCUCGUGCGCGCUCUCUGGCCCCUUGUCCCCCAUCCUUUCUGCCCAUUGUCGAUAAGUGCUAGUGUGUUGCUGUUGUCGUCGUCGUCGUUCGUCUUAGCACAGCGCUCAAGAUGGCUGCCCUGUGCGCUGGGAACUAUGGACUGUCCCAGCAGCAGCAGAAUCCCAACAGCAGCAAGGAGUUGAUCUUCGUCAAGCUAACGGACUCGGCGCUUCGAGCGAUCGAGGAGUUUCAACGUAAUCAGCUAAAACUUGGCACCGCACUCAACCCGUCGAUACAGUUCCUCGCCAACGGUCAGGGUUACCUGUCCUUUCCCUCCAGCACUAGCAAUGGCCAAAAGUUCAGCUUCUCCAUCACGGAUAUCGAGGGCAACGGGUCGAUCGAGUGCAUCCAGCAGAAUCAGGGACAACAGCUCCAGAACAUGGGGCACAUUCCGCAUAAGAUGCGGAUUCAGGCCACCGAAGACGUGUACGAGACAACGAGGCACCGGAUGGCGGCCGCCGAGGAAAACCAGAAGAACAAAUGUACAAGAGAAAUCAAGCCCAAUCAAACCGACAUAGGUCGUAAGGUGAAGUUAAAAACUCCAAGCGCUCGUAUCAACAACAUUCCUAGUAGUAAUCCAGUGUUAAGCAAACGUGAUUCGCUGCAUAGUUCUAGCAACAACUACAGCAACAGUGCUGUGAAUAGUAAUUUAUCAUCGUUAGUACCCGCGAUCGCAAACAACCACAACAACAACAAUAACAAUCAUCACCACACCAACAACCACCACAGCCACCACCAUAGCAGCAACAAUGGCCAGCUGUCGUCGACGGCGGCCAACAAUAACAUUAGCAACAACUACAACAACCUGUCGACGUCACCAAAACUACCGAAAAGCAAUGGCCUGCAGCACAACAAUAACUACAAUAGUAGUAGCAACAACCCCCAGUCGGCAGCGACAACGCAGCAACCACUGCAACCCAAGCCCGGCUACCAACACACGGUGCAUGAUCCUCCCCAUCAGCAGCAGCAAAAGUCUGAAAACGGUAUCGUUUCCAACAACCGGGUGACGAACGGUAGAACGCAGCAUAAAACCGGCAAUCCGGAAAUUAUGAAGCGUAACAUACGGGAGAGAUUGAUUCAUCUACUAGCAUUAAGGCCAUACAAAAAACCGGAACUGUUUGCGAGAAUAUCCCAAGAUGGUGUUCGCGGGCAAGAGCAAAAGUGUAUAGCACAGGUACUGAAAAACAUCUCGAGCAUGCGGGAUAACGUAUACUAUCUGCACCGGCACAUCUGGAACGACGUGCAGGAAGACUGGCCGUUCUACUCCGAACAGGACCGACAAACGCUCAAAAGGCGGAAACCUCAAAAUUUAACACCUCCUCUCAGCUCGGACGGGGGUUCGUCCACUUCGGGACAAAGUCCGUCCAGCGCGCACAAUGGUAGCAGUCCGCCAUCCGGCGGCAAAAGGCCAUCGCUCGCCAGUAACGACGACAGCAGCAGCGUCGGCAGUAUGCCCACGUCCAAGAAGCCCCGGAUCAGUCACUACAAGAAGGACAUCCUGCCGGAUAUUAAUCGGCGUGGCGUCACCGACUCCAGGGACACUAGCAAUAUGAAUCCACGCUCCAGGGAGCACGACGACAGCAUACGCUCGUCAAAAUACUAUCGCAACGGAUCUAAUGUGACGCCAAAUGCACAGGAAUCUGAGGAUAGUGGAGUCAGUCUAAGUUACUCAUUGGUGUCCAACGACGUAGCGCGGAGGAUACAGCACUCUACUGGAGACAUGACCGAUAUGAUGGCAGAAAGGGAUAACUACGAUGAUCAGAUCACUGCGUACCGAGAAGACUCGAAAAAAGUGAAAAGUUUGAAGGAUGAUUUUAGUGAUCAAUUUACUAGGAUAACCUCGGUGGAACAACGGCGUAAAUACAAGACUGAAUUUGACAACGAUUUUCAAGAAUAUCGUCGGCUACACGAAAUCGUUGAACGAGUGUCGAGAAAGUUUGCUCAGCUGGAAGGAGAUCUACAACAAGAGCGGCACAACGAGAGGCGAUAUAAGGAAAUACAAAGACAAAUUAUCAAGGAAUACGAUGAAAGCAUAAAAGAUAUUCGGUUUCAAGAGACUAAGCAGAGGUUCAACUAUUUACACAACAAGCUUUCUCAUAUCAAGCACCUGGUGCACGAUUAUGAUGUCGCCAUUACCAACGGUUCGUGUCGGCCGCAGGAGAAUUACUGACGAUUAUUGAAGCCUGUAAAACAGCAUUCGUCUCAAUUCGUAUGUUGAUGACACUAAAACCACACCCGCGCUAAACUUAGUGCACUGUACGCUGCGCUGUUCAUCACUUGAAUCCCCGCAAUCCUCUUAGUAGUUAUGCAACAAGGGGAAGUACUAGAACAUCCGUUUCGGCAGUACAGUGCUGGUAAACUUGUGCUUCUAUGGAAAACGACAGCGAAAUGAAGAAAGCAGCAGCAGCAGAGCCACGAAAAGCGAUUCUUUGUUACCUUAUAUUAAAUAUUUAGCAGUUAGUAGCAGUUGAGCCAGCAGCCAAGAAAUCCUUAAUCCAGAGCCAGGAGCAAUCAGCCGGAAGGGAGAAAGCAUUUUAUAAUGAGUGUGAUUGAAUCGUGCCACUUUCUCGUCCGCGGGAUGAGCCUCCAAAUCCAGCAAUGAGUAGCAGUCAUCAGCCUCUACAUCGAAACAACGCAGCUACUCAUGUGUAGAACCAUAAUGAAAAUAUCUUCAUGUGAACGGGGGUGUUUGUUCAAUUCCCCAGUUGCCGUUAGUCAAUCUCGUCAUAUCGUCGUACUCGCGGUUUCUCGCAACAGCCAACGCUAUACUUUCCUCCCACACAGACACACAUACAAAAUCCCGUCGUUAUAAAUAGUGGAUCCAAAGGGAUCGGCUUCAUAAUAACGACGCAGUUCACACUAAUAUCGUACCAUUGGCAAGCUCGGAACCAAAACGGUACGGAAUUUGAAACUUAUUGAAGCAGCAGAUGAACACCCCUUCCCCUUUCCACAUAAAAUGAAAGAACAGAAAAUAAUACACACAUAUAUUAAAGAGAGUGAGAGACAUUAUCAAAUCAAUUGAUUUCUAAGGAUUUUUUUUUUUUUGAAUUAAUUGUAGGAGUUUAUAAAACUUAACUAGUUAAUUGAGAAUGUUAGCAGAGAUAAACAAAAGAAGAAAGAGAGAACCGGUUAGGUAUCAACCUAAAGAAAACCCCAGAGCGAAAGAAAAAGUGAAACACUAGGUCGCCAAGAGAAAUGACGUUAUUCUAGUAGGAUACUUGAAUUAGUCUUUCUUAGUUUUCUCGUUUUAUUUUUUUCUGUUUCUGUUUGAAAUGAGCGAAGAGGAUUUGUUCCCUUUUAAUUGAAAAAACAAACACUAGCAUAAUGAAUAGAACGCCAAACGAGAGAGGAAGCAGAGACAAGGAUAAUUCGAGGUGUGGAACAAUAGUAGUGAUAUUCUUUUUGCUUUCUUCCACUCAAACCACAUGCCAACAUUUGUUAGGAAACAAAGAAAAAGUAAGCGGGAAGUUUCAUUCUGAGAGAUACUCGGAAGAGACUGGAAGAAUCAGGAGAGACAGAGAGAGAGAAGGGUUAAGGAAUUUAUGGGUAUUUAAUUAAUUUAUUAGUUGAUUAAUUUAGGAAGUUCUAAAGAAGAAAACAAAUUACAAAAGCAACGGUGUCCUGAGUGAGCGAUCCGAUUCCCAUGCAGCCAAGCACUUGCUAAUGCACACACAUACACACAAGAUUGACUUAUACUGGCAAACAAGCGUAUUCCCUCAAAGACUAAUGGGUAAAGCGAUUGUUAAAAAAUAAGCCAAAAACAAGCACACAAACGAAUAGAAAUGCACACACGGAUACAAUCAUCGAUUGGUUAGACAACAAAAAAUGAAACAUUAGUGCCACAGAAUUAGCAAAAAAAUUGUUUGUCAUUGACGGUGAUCAUUGAUUGAUCGUCAUCUCUAAGAGAGAUUACAUAGGAAAUGAGGACAAAAAGGGAUAGUGUUGAGAGAAUGAAUCAUUUUUCGGUUUUUAAUUGUUUAGUAAAUGUUUCCACUACGGCAAAAGAAUAUCGGGUAUAGGAAAUCUGUUCUAGACGGAAGGAAACAAAGUAAUGGAACGAUAGGAUGGAUUGAAACCAGGCGGGUGAGGGGAAGGCUGUCUACCCAUCCGGGAUGAUCCUUCGUGGUUUUGCCCAGUGGGCUAGAGAAACGAUUCAAUUAUGAUAGCAAAGAUAAGCGCCGUUUUGUUUGAUGGUUUAUGUUUAAUUUGUUUUGAGUUCCGUACUAGAAGAGGAUUUAGCGAGACGAUUUGAUGUUUUGGUUUUUAUUUGAUUUUUACCCCGUAGCCUAUAAUUUACUUAUAAUUUCGUAAUUUAUCGCUGGAUGCUUGGAAAAGAAGGAGCCGUUAGUAGAGAGCAAAAAAGGAAGAAGAGUUCAAAAGCACAUGCGUGCUAGACCUUAGGCGUUUCAGCAAUUACAACGUUCCAGGAUAGCUUAAUUUGUAAAUAUGAGUAUAUCUAGUUAUGGCAAGUGCAAGAAGAGAAAUACUGGAAUCAUGAUUGGUUGAGAGAAUUGUACUUUCUUGAAAAAAAGCUACAUGACUUGAUCUUGAUUGUGUUGCAUAAUAUUGUUAGAAAAAAUUUAAUUUGGUCAAAAAAUGGUUAUGUUUAUCACCUCAUGGUUUUACCUUUCUUUAGUAUUGCAUUUGUUUAAGUCUGUGUGUUUUUGGAAAGUUGGUUAUCGUUAUCAAAAUUAAAUUUUUCGAAAUUUUGUUUUGUUAUUUUAUGCUAUCUUGAAACACAAACGAUUAGUUUCAUUUCAAUCUCUUGCUAUAGUUGCCACUUAAAUUCAUUUUCUCUCGGUCAAUCAAAAAAAAAAAAAAACAA